AUGUCGAAGCGAAAAGCUCCUGGUGACCGCCUUUUUGAGCGAGGAUAUCGCGGCGCGAAUCCGCAGCUCUUCAAAUCUCAGCCCAGCCCGGAAUGGGAAAAUCGUGGACUUCUCAACAAGACUGCAGACCUCCAUGAUUCGAACAGGUUUUUCUACGAACUUCCGGUACCGCAAUCGAUCUUGGCUGAGAGCAAAGGGGUACCCACCGUAUAUUACGGAGACAACGCACCGCUGCCCCGAUGGCGACUUGUCCUGGAUCCGACCGAUCCCACCGACCAAGACCAGCAGAAGGAUAAUAUCAGAACACUCGAAGGGAAAACCAUCAUUGACGGAGUGACCCAAGAUGGCCACCCUCGAUCCUUUGACCCGUCCAUUGGACUCGGGGGCUUGCAAUGGGAAUUCGAUGAGCUCCCCUUGUCUCAGAAUGCACCUGCCGAGGGAGCGUCGAUGUUGCAUGCAGUAGCACAUCGAUGUCUCGCAGAAGCGAUGCUGAAUCCAAUUGCUCGCCAGCAAAUGUCACGGGAAAUCGCCAACGGGCCUCUCUGGCCCAAGGUGUGCAAUGUGGCGGAUCCACUGCCAGCUCCUCCGCCUGAACCACAGCCCAACCUGCUGCCACCCAUCCCAAAAGUUGACAAGGGGCGCUAUCUUCACCCAAAUUACCAACGCGACAGUCUGAAUGUCAGAGCGAAAGGCUCGGGCCAGGCCCCAGGAACGGAGCCUAGCCUCGCUGACCGAUUGUUUUUUCACCAGAAAGGCACACAGGGACCUUUACACCAAGCCGACCCUCUGAAGAGUCUGGAAGUGACGAACUCGAGAGAAGAGGGACCUCAGACCAAGAAGCGAAAGAAGGGCAAAAGCCCCGGUGAGCUUGAAGCUCAAAAAGAGAGCCGAACGGCAAAAAUUGGUGAGUAUAAGUGCGUUUGGUUUUGUGUGAUCUUACUAGUUAUGAGCAUGUUCCUGUGCCUCUUUCUGUAUUCAUUCGGGGUUAUCAAAGUGGUGUAA